CUGUAGUCUACUGACUCGCCAUCGCAGGCGCAUCGCAUUCUUCUCAGAGCUGACACGAUUCACACACCGACAUUUUACACCAAACGGAUAUUUACUCGAUACAGACCAGCGCUAUUUGUCAGAAGAACGGAGAAGAGGGGCAGAAUGGGGCGUCGAGAGGUUUUCAUAUUACUGAUGGCCGCGACAUCGACGAUCGCUGUUGAGGUGCCGUCAGACUCUGAUACGGGACUGCUGGCUGAGCUACAGGUCGCCAUGUUCUGCGGGAAACUCAACAUGCACAUCAACAUUCAGACCGGAAAAUGGGAACCUGAUCCGUCCGGAACCAAGAGCUGCAUUGGGACAAAAGAGGGAAUCCUGCAGUACUGCCAGGAGGUGUAUCCAGGGCUUCAGAUCACAAACGUCGUGGAGGCCAAUCAACCCGUCAGUAUCUGGGACUGGUGUAAGAAGGGCCGUAAGCAGUGCCGCAGUCACAUGCACAUCGUGGUGCCAUACCGCUGCCUGGUCGGUGAGUUUGUGAGCGACGCUCUGCUGGUUCCUGAUAAGUGUAAAUUCCUGCACCAGGAGCACAUGGACAUGUGUGAGAGUCACCUGCACUGGCACACCGUCGCCAAAGAGUCUUGCGGCGACCGCAGCAUGAAUCUCCAUGACUACGGGAUGCUGUUGCCAUGCGGUAUUGACCGUUUCCGUGGCGUCGAGUUUGUUUGCUGCCCUGCAGAACCGGAGAAAGAGUCAGAUAGCGCAGCCGUGGAGGAGGAUGAUUCAGACGUGUGGUGGGGAGGAGCAGAGACUGACUACAGCGAGAACAGCAUGACUCGAGACGCAGGAUCCGAACCCGCUGUGGUGGAGAAUGAUGAGGAUCUAGACGAGGAAGAGGAGGAGGUUCUGGACAACGAUCAGGACGAAGACGGAGACGAGAAUGAGAAAGAGGUCGAGGAUGACAAGAUUGUGGACGAGCGCAACGACAGCAGCCAGAGCACCAGCAUCGCCAUGACGACCACUACCACCACCACCACCACCACAGAGUCAGUAGAGGAGGUGGUAAGAGAGGUGUGUUUUGCGAGUGCAGAGACGGGCCCCUGUAGGGCCAUGUUGCCCCGCUGGUAUUUUGUGCGUGAGGAGGGCCGCUGUGCUCCCUUCAUCUACGGAGGCUGCGGAGGAAACCGCAAUAACUUUGAGUCGGAGGAGUACUGUCUGUCUGUCUGCAGCAGCGUGUUGCCGACUCCCUCCUCUAGCCCUCCGGACGCAGUGGACCGAUACCUGGAGACGCCAGCAGACGAGAACGAACACGCGCACUUCCUGAAGGCCAAAGAGAGCCUGGAGGCCAAACACCGCGAGCGCAUGUCUCAGCACUUCCAGGAGAAGGUGGAAGCUCUGGAGCAGGAGGCGGCCAGCGAGCGACAGCAGCUGGUGGAGACGCACAUGGCGCGUGUGGAGGCACUGCUGAAUGACCGCCGGCGCCUCGCUCUGGAGAGCUACCUGUCUGCCCUGCAGGCCGAGCCGCCCCGGCCGCGGCACGUGUUCAGCCUGCUGAAGAAGUACGUUCGCGCCGAGCAGAAGGACCGACAGCACACACUCAAACACUUUGAACACGUGCGCAUGGUCGAUCCUAAGAAAGCUGCUCAGAUCCGGCCUCAGGUGCUGACCCAUUUGCGUGUGAUUGAGGAGCGGAUGAAUCAGUCUCUCGGGCUGCUGUUCAAGGUCCCGGGAGUCGCUGAAGAUAUUCAGGACCAAGUCGAGCUGUUGCAGCGCGAGCAGCAGGAAAUGUCCGCACAGCUGGCGAACCUGCAGAGCGAUUUGCGGGUGAGUUACGGUAAUGAUGCCCUGAUGCCCGACAGCACCGGCAGCCUGGACCUGCUGCCUGUUGAAGACACGCAGGGAUUCGGCUUCAUCCACCCCGAGAGCUUCAACCAGCCCAACACACAGAACCAGGUUGAGCCGGUCGAUGCGCGACCCAUUCCAGACCGAGGCCUGCCGACACGACCAGUGUCUGGACUGAAGCCUGAUGAUGUUCCUGAGUUGCAGAUGGAAGCUGAAGAAAGACACAGUGAAGUUUACCAUCAGAAACUGGUUUUCUUCGCGGAGGACGUCAGCUCCAAUAAGGGAGCUAUUAUUGGCCUGAUGGUCGGAGGUGUUGUCAUAGCAACCAUCAUCGUCAUCACCCUGGUGAUGCUGAGGAAGAAGCAGUACACGUCCAUCCACCAUGGAAUCAUUGAGGUGGACGCUGCUGUGACCCCGGAGGAACGUCACCUGUCUAAGAUGCAGCAGAAUGGCUAUGAAAACCCAACAUACAAGUUCUUCGAGCAGAUUCACAACUGAUGGUGUGAGGAUAACUCACCUCCCCGUACCUCCUCCUUAUCUGCAGAUGAUGCAGGAGACACCAGCCCAGCCCAGCCUAACCAACCCGGUUAAUGACCCACCGCUCAUUAACAUCAUGCUUCCUAUUGGCUAGUUUACAUGUCAAUCAAACAUCACCUCCCAUUGGCUUGACGAAGAUUAACUUUGUCAGUUUCAAAUAGUUGAAGAUGCAAUUUCAAACUGAAUGCACAAAAGAUUCGAUUCAAUUUGGUUCAAAAGAUUGAGAUUCAAUACAAAUUGAACGCAUAAUUAAAAUUUAGUUUUAAAUUCACUACAGAUAUUUCAAUUAUGAGCUCCCAUUGGCUGAACAGUAGUUUAAUGCUGUUGGGGUCAGUUUCAAGUUCAAGUAUGAAGUCGAUCAUGUCAAAUUCAAUCCAUAGUUCUGAAUUCACUCCAGAUUUUUCAACUAUGCAUUCCCAUUGGCUAGACAAAAUUCAGUUUCAAAUUGAAUGCACAAUUGAGAUUCUAUUCAAAUUCAAAUCACAAAUCAAACUCAUAAUUCACACAUAAUUCAAAUUUUGUUUUCAAUUCACUGCAGAUUUUUCAACUCUAACCUUGCAUUGGCUGGACGAACAAGAACAUGGUCAGAUUAAUGCUGUUAGGCUCAAUCUUGAGUUUCAGUUUCAAACUGAAUGCACAAUUCAAAUUCCAUUCAAAUUCAAAUCACAAAUAUAUUUCAAAUUCAUAUCACAAAUCAAAGUGAAUCCAUAAUUCGAAUUCAAUUCACAAAUCAAAUUGAACGCCAAAUUCAAAUGUGCCUAAAUCAAAAUCUGAUUAAUGCUGAUAGGGUUGAUUUCAAGUUCAGUUCAGUUUAAAUUGAACAUUUGAAGUUUGAAAAUUCAGUUUAAAAUUGUAUUUACAUCAAAUUCACUCCAAAUUUUUCAACUAUGACUUUUGGCUAUUGGCUAGAUGACCAUGAACAUAAUAA